GUACGACGUCUGCAUAGGCCUGGUCCAUUGCGGCAGACUGCUGGUUCGAGCCCGUCGGCCGAGCUGAGAAGGUGUAAGCCUCUGCCAUGGCACGAGGGCCGGCCGCACGGUGAUCGUCUGUCUGGUGACUGUCGCGUCUGCUUGGCGAUGUUGUCAUCGACGGAAUGACCGGCUUAGCGGCCUUCAUGCUCGACACCUAAGCCACGCCUGGUCAUCGCCUCAAUGGCGAUCUCGCUGCGGGACCGUCUGCAUGCGCUAGAAGAGCAGAGCAACGAGGCACUGGUCAGUCUGCGCGAUCGGUACGAUGCACUUUCGCCUGCAAAGAAACUCGGCCUGCUCGUCUAUUUUGCAGUCAAUAUCGCCAUCUUGAUCGCCUUUGUCGUGAUCGGUCCAUCACAGAUCUUCAGAUGGCUCGUCGCUGGCGCCGACAGGCUGAGGCAAUACCAAUUCGGCGCUCUCUUUCUCAUCCUCGCCAUGAUCCUUACCGCCAUCCCGCCACUUUUCGGGUAUUCGACCAUGCUCACCCUUGCUGGCUUCACCUAUGGGAUGUGGAGAGGCUGGCUUGUAGCUUGCGCAGGUUGUCUGCUGGGCAGCGCGGUCUCGUUCCUGAUCUGCCGACGAGUACUCAAAAACCAAGGACAAUCCCUGCGAGAUGGCCCGACUUUCAGAGGACUGGAACACGCCAUGCGCAAGAAGGGCCUCUUCCUCAUCUGUCUCGUCCGGUUCUGUCCGUUUCCGUUUGCAUAUAGCAACGCUGCACUUGCAUCCAUCGAAGCCGUUUCGCUCGUACAAUUCAUGAUUGCGACCUUGACCAUCACGCCAAAGCUACUCGUACAUUCCUUCGUGGGCUCGAGGAUCUAUCUGUUGGCAGACCCGGACCACGAGCUAGACGCGACGAGCAAGCGCAUCAAUGCAGCCUACAUCGCACUCGGCACACUCGUUGGAUUUGCGACCUCGUACUACAUCUACCGUCUCACCUUAUCGUAUUCGCAGAGCAUGUCGCUACAAGAUGAGACCGCUCAGAGCGAGGACGGCUGGGCCGGCGAAUUUGACGAAUUCGACGAUGACGAGGAUCUGGAAUCCGCCCAAGCGCGUGAUGCAGACGACGAGGAAGACCUUGUAAAGUAGACCCGCGCACCACCUGUUUGUUGUAGUGCAGUCUGCAGCCUGAUCAUGAUCAUGACACCUGAG